CUGCACUUUGUGAGAAACCAGUGGUCAAGUGGCAUUCACUUGAAACAUGAGGCUCGAGCUUGUCUGUGUUUUACUGUGCUCUCUUCCAUCUGUAACUUUCGCUAAAGAGUCUUCCCAAUGUCCCGAUGGAUUUCUUCAGCACCGAAACGCUUGCUAUUGGUUCUCAAACAUCAACGGAUCAUUUGCUGAGGCAAGAUCCUACUGUGAGUUCUUCCGGAGCCACCUUGCUCAGAUAACCACCAAAGACGAGAACGACUUCAUAACGGCCGAGGCAAACAAGACGGGACGAGAUCAUUACCGGCUUGGUGCUACUGAUCUCAUGGUGAGAGGCACGUUUUUGUGGGAGGGAGGCGUCGCCCUUAACUACACCAACUGGGACGAUGGAGAACCUAACAACAAGGAAGGACAAGAGAAUUGUCUGGAAAUCUAGAGAGACCUUGAAUAUCGGUGGAAUGAUUUAAGUUGUAAAUCUGCAGAAUACUUCAUCUGUGAAAAGAGAGCCUCCGGCUGCUGCUGCAGAAAUUGAAGUGUGCUCACUGAUGAAUCGAUUUAGUUAACUUGUUCAAUAUAUACACAAAAAACUUAAUUAAGCACCCUGUAUUUUUUUAAUGAUAGGUUUUCAACACCUACUUAAAACUUCUCGUGGUGACCACGAUGAAAUAACUUGAGUUUUUCUGACCCGUAUUUGACCUUUGACUCCUACAAAACGACAAAAUGAUGGGAAUCCAUGUUGAUUUUAUGAUGAUGAAUGCUCAUUUUAACAAAAACACUGAUUCUCAUACAAAACCAUCUCUGUACAAGUAUGGCCCUGAAAUAUUUAAUGUUGAAUUUAUUGGUGAAUGUGAACAUUCAAAAUGUCACUUUGCUUGUCUUACUCGAUUCAAGGUCAAUACCGAGUGUAACC